AUGAGCCAGACAACACCUUGUCUUGCACAUACGUACCUGAGCAAAGCGAGUCUACACUUGCCUCAGAAGCUUCAGGGGAGCUGGCAAUCGCUUUCUCAUCGUCUUCUUAACUCCUUCGAUCGAAGCCCCAAGUCUCCCAGCCGCCGCUUGCCUGCGCUAACGUCAAUACUUGUAUCGAGCCCCACAUCGCGGGAAGCUCUCCACUUCAAAGCAUUCGACCUAGCUCUGAAACGUUGUACUCAAUUCGCCUUUCUUCUUUGGCUCAUAUAAGGGCUCCGAAGCACAGAAAGUGAAUAGGAGGGAGAUAGCCAUGCCCAUCGUAUUCCCAACGGCAAGCGCGCUCAGCGCUCAAUUCUCUGCCUCAAGCCCGGCUUCUUUCCUUCAGCCUCGCCGUACACCUCGCGAAGCUCCAGAACAUGUCUGGUCGGCCUGGAGCACUGCGGACGACGUCAAGGCCAAGGCUGCGAAAGUGAGCGACAAGGCGGUUAAGGAGUAUGAGAAGGCCAGUGCGAAGGCGCAGGAGAAGGUUGGCAAAAUCGAACUGUACAGUGCAAAGUACUACGCCGCGUGCACAUUUGGAGGACUGCUGGCUUGCGGCCUUACGCACACGGCCGUCACGCCUCUCGAUCUUGUCAAAUGCCGCCGACAGGUUGAUCCCAAGAUGUACAAGGGCAACUUUGAGGCAUGGGCCAAAAUCGGGCGCGCAGAGGGCUUCCGCGGCAUCUACACCGGCUGGGGCCCAACCUUCUGGGGUUAUUCCGCGCAGGGAGCCUUCAAGUACGGCGGCUAUGAAUUCUUCAAGAAGUUCUAUGCCGACUUGGUCGGCGAACAGAACGCGUACAGAUACAAGACAGCCCUGUACCUGACUGCUUCUGCUUCGGCUGAAUUCAUCGCUGACGUUGCGCUGUGUCCCUUUGAGGCCAUCAAGGUCAGAAUGCAGACCACCAUUCCGCCGUUCGCGAAGGGUACACUCCAAGGUUACAGCAUCAUCACGGCCAAGGAAGGCGUGAAGGGCCUGUACAAAGGUCUAUAUCCGUUAUGGGGACGCCAGAUUCCAUAUACGAUGAUGAAGUUCGCCAGUUUUGAGACGGCCGUCGAGAUGAUCUAUAAGCGCCUGCCAGGUAAAAAGGAAGAUUACGGAAAGGCCGCUCAGACGGGCGUCUCGUUUGCUGGUGGCUACAUCGCCGGUAUCCUGUGCGCCAUUGUCUCACACCCGGCCGACGUUAUGGUGUCCAAACUCAACGCGAAUAGGCAGCCUGGCGAAGGCUUUGGAGCUGCCACCGCCAGAAUUUACAAGGAAAUUGGAUUCAUGGGUCUCUGGAAUGGCUUGCCUGUCAGGAUUGUCAUGAUUGGCACCCUCACCGGCCUUCAGUGGAUGAUCUAUGACUACUUCAAGAUCUUCAUGGGCCUGCCAACGACUGGCGGCACCCCACCACCCAAGACAGAGAAAUAGAUAGCAAAAAGGGAGGUUCUGAAGUCUGUGGCUCGCCAAAGAAUGUAAAUGAGCAUGAGAAGUGCAUAGCUCGUGGCACCCAGAUUCGUGACAUGCAACUUUAGAUGACCUUUAAAUACACUUCCUUGAACCAGCUCUUUGGUGUACUAUAGGCGCAGGAUAGUCGGGCAUCUGAAUUUUGCACUCUCCUCUACCAGUCUACCAAGAUUUAGAUCUUUCCAUUUUGGAUUGCCUGCGUGAGUGAAACCCUUAGGCAGCAUUGUGCUGCUCUUGUUAAAUAUAAGUGCC